AUGGCCGCCCUGCCCCCCCUCCCAUCCCCCAUCGCCCUCUUCCCCCCCUUCCAGACCCAAACCCCCCAAACCCUCAUCCUGCGCGAAAAAAUCCUCUCCCUCUCCGGCGACGACUUCCACAUCACCCUCGCCUCGGGCGCACCCUUACUGCGCGUCUCCGGCAACGUGUUGUCGCUCAGCGGGCGCAAAAAAGUGUUCGACGAGCAAGGAGUGCAUUUGUUUGAUAUUGUUAAGGAGAGGUGGCAUUUGCAUGCGACGUUUCGUGUUGAGGAUAAGGAGGGGAAGGGGCUGGUGGAGGUGCGGAGUGAGCUGAAAUUGGUGGGGAGUAAGGCGACGGCGCGCUUCACCUCGCUUGCGGGCAGGCAGGAGGUGCUUGGGAUGAAGGGCAAUUGGCUCGAUUCCGCGGCGGAUAUCGUGGAUGAGUCGUCCGGUGCGGUCGUCGCCCGCAUCGACCGCAAGCUGCUCAGCGGCCGCGACCUGUUCGCAGGCCAGCAGACGUACGCGGUCACGGUGGCGCCGGGCGCCGAUAUGGCGCUUGUGGCUGCGCUGUGUAUCUGUCUGGACGAGAAGAAUAAUGAGAAGUAG